AUAACGCAUGCUGUAGAUUUCUGCCAAACUGGGCAUGGAGGCGAGCAUCCGUUACUAUGUGCUAUUUUGUAAAUACCCCGCUGAUCAAGUUACCAAAUAUUAGUUUUUAUUCAUUUAAAAUAUUCACUCCACGCACACGGGUACGCGUGAGCUAUCUCGUGUAGCUCAAGUCAGCGUGUUAAAAUCAGUUGUCGUUCAGUAAUGCUGAACGAGUUUAGCUGUCUGAUCGAACUGUUAUACAUGUAGCGUUCUCAUUGCAAUCUCAACUUCACACGCUUAGCAUACCUAUUAUAUUGUGUUUACGACACGGGUUUUAUUAACAUCGCAAAACGGCAGUCACACAGAUUUCUCUCGAUGUCCGAAAAUCCUGAAACGAUGAAUGAACACUUUGAUAACCCUGGAUAUGUUGACAUGACCGGAAACACCACUACCGGAGAAAAGAAUCAUAACCCAACAACUACUACAAAUGAAUACGUGGAAAUGAACCCUUCCAUUGGAACAAACACGGGGUUAAACGGUACUGAUGCCAAUGACGUCAUAAUUGAGCCGAGUAGAAACCUUGGUCGAAAAAAGACGCACACUACAAGAAAUGCUGCCAUAGUAACUGCGGUGAUACUCAUUUUUGUUAUUGUGGCAAUAAUAGCAGGAAUUCUUGUUUAUGCAUUAGACAAAGACGAAUCAGAAGCAAGCAAAGCCAAACUAUCCGACAAAAAUGCAGUUAUUCCACCCAAAAUUGUUGUGGAUCAUAAAUCUUCAACGCAAACCGUCCCAAAAUUACCAGUGAAACCCACCAAGCAGCCUCCAACCAAAUUCAGCUCAAUUUCCCCUAAAGACAAAGAAAGACAGCCUACCACCGACCCGUCAAUUGAAGCCACAACCCGCAUCCCAGCUAAAUCCACGUCGACGAAACCCACAACCAACGUAUCUACUCAAUCCAUGACAACACAGCCGACUACCAGCUUCUCAACUCAAGCAACGUCAAAACAACCCACUACCAGAUUAUCAACCAAAUCCCAUCAACACAACCAACUGCCAGCUUUUCAAUCCAACCCACGUCAACACAAGCCAAUGGAUCAACAAAACAAUCCAUCAUCAUAUCUUCAAUCCAACCAACCAAUCCGACCACUUACAACACAACUUCUUUAGAAAGGUUGACUUUAGAAGCAACUACAACUCCUGAAAAUGAGAGUACGCCCUCAGAGAUAAAACGAACAGAAACUUCAACACCAGUUACAACAACAACAGACGGUGCAGGACCCCUUUCUGCAAGAACAUCUCCCUCAUGGUUAUCGACAAUAACAAUUGCGACUCGUCAGAGAACCUCAACACUGGAAGACACGACAAGUGAUGAUGAAGACAUGAUUUCUGGAAGUAUCGACUCCGGCUCUGGGUCUGGUGGAACGGACUACUCUGGCUCUUAUGGCACAGACUCACCUCCACCAGUUACAGCUUCACUGUGUAAUGACGAAUACGUUAUUCACCCCGGUGUACUCAUCGACAUCACAUCACCGAAUUAUCCAUUACUCUACGCUGAUAACCUCCAGUGUACCUGGGGCGUAUCGACGUCGUCAGGAAAACCAAUCAUCGUGGAAUUCAAGUUUCUGGCACUAGAAACGGGCUAUGAUUUUCUUGUGAUCCUCGACAUUGUUGGUGCAAUUCAGAAACAGUACACAGGAGGUCGUAUUCCCGCUCCCUUCAUAUCAGCUGGUUCGCAAAUACGUUUACAGAUGAUGACCGAUGAUUCAAUACAUUUUGGCGGAUUUCGGGUGACGGCUAGGGAGUUCGAAGAGCCAAUUGCUACAACUCGUGCAUCUCCCUCGUCAAGGAUUACACGGGUAAGCGACAUUGAACGGACACUGUCAACAACAAUUAACACUGCAUCAGUUGGCAUGACAACUCCAUCCAAUGCAGGCUGUGAGAGGCAUUACAACUUGGCAGUUAAUGACGUCAUAUACAUCACUUCGCCAAACUUUCCUGAUUACUAUACGAACGACCUGAAUUGCCUGUGGACGUUUGCAACCGUUGAUGGCGCUACAUUGAGUGUCAACCUUGUUUAUUUCGAGACAGAGGACCUAUAUGACUACGUGGAUGGAGGGACUGGUUCCCCAUUAAAUGGCAGUAUAUAUAUCGACAGAUACAGUGGAACAUAUCACAACCACCCCGUCAUGCUACCUUCGUCUCGUGGGUGGAUUUCCUUCACUUCCGACUCUGCUUACCGAGAGCACGGCUUCAAUAUCAGUGUGACCGCACUAGGCACCGACGAAGAAGCACAAGUCACGACAGCCAGUAAUACACCUUCCCCCUGUAACGCGGUAUACACAAUAUCCUUCGGUGGAUCCGUGAACGUGACGUCACCAAACUUUCCCAACAAUUAUCCCGACGGCGUGAAAUGUGAAUGGCAAGUGUCAACAUUGUCAGGGAAACGAAUCAUGGUGGUAUUUCACAACCUAUCAUUACAGUUACAUCAAGACUAUCUCUAUAUUUCUGAUGGCGAUGACAUCCGUAUUGUCAAAUUAUACACCGGCAACGAGAUUCCUUUAUCGCCUUUCAUAUCCAACAGCAGUUAUAUUCACAUGAUCUUUGACGCGAGCAGUACAGGAAAUGACACUGGAUUCUGGGUAACGGCAAUGGAAACCGAAGAGUCACCGUCAUUACCACCCACGCCUUUCAGACCGAACACUGAAGUAACGGAUAGCACCGUGUCUACGGGAGACUUGCCAGUUUCUACAACUACCAAUUCUAUUUCUUGCAGUGGACAUUACGAUGUUUCUGUUGACAGAGUACAUAUUAUAUCGUCACCAAACUACCCGAAUAACUACGACAACAGUCUGAACUGCUUAUGGACAUUUUCCGCCGUUGACGGCGCUCUUAUUCGCAUUGUUUUCAUCACCUUUGGAACCGAGGAAGGCUAUGACGUGUUGUUUGUGGGAGAGGGCGACCCGAACACAGGGACAACGGAUUACUUUCUAUCGGGAUCUGUUUUACCGACUGACAUUUCCUCAACCACCUCCUCACUGUGGGUAAAGUUCCAGUCAGAUGCAUCUGUAACCGCAAUCGGAUUCAAGUUUGCUGUGGUCGCUGUGACUGGCGAAGACAACACUAACUCGAUACCUGGUAACGUUAUUAUGGAAACACCUGGGCCAACAGUGCCGACCACCACAAUGUCAUCCUGUACUGUACUGUCAUACUACAACCUAGAUGAAAAUGAUGAAGUAAUUAUAACCUCACCGAAUUAUCCAAACAACUACGAAAACAACCUCGACUGCCAAUGGCAAGUUUCUACCAUAGAUGGCGCUGGACUUUACCUAUUGUUUACGGAUUUUCAAACAGAGAAUGGAUACGACUUUCUUGUAAUCAGAGAUAGUGACAAUACGAAUAGUGGAAAUUUAAAUUAUCAGCUCACUGGUUCUAGUCUACCCGAUCCGUUUACAAUGUUCAUAUCCACGAUUUGGCUAUCGUUUCAUUCAGAUAGUUCAGUUGUGGCUAAAGGGUUUCGGCUAGUUUUAACGUCUACCCCCAUUCGAGCUACUGAAAUACCCAUUAUGAACGAAAACUGUCAGAGUAUUAUCAAUUUAAGAGCCGACCAAGAAGUGAUUAUUGCAUCUCCAAAUUUUCCUGAAAACUAUGGUAACUUCGAGGACUGUUUAUGGUUGAUCAGCACCCUCAAUGGUAUGAGAAUACACAUAGAUUUUAUAGAAUUUGACACCGAAGGCGUGUACGAUACACUUCGUAUCGGUACCGGGUCGGAUCCCAACGUAGAUGUUAUGACCAAUCUGUCUGGAAGUACUCUUCCUGGUAACAUUAUAUCAGAUAGCAACGACGUUUGGUUGAAGUUUACAUCAGAUGGGAGCGUCACUCGUGCGGGUUUUCAGAUUUUAGUACGAUCGACAACGGCCGGAACAACUUGGUCAUAA